CAUGGAUUAUCUGGUCGUCCUACUGGAAUAAAGCUGCAGCUGUGUAGAUGGAUACUGCAUGUCAGAAUCAGUGGGAAAGAUAACAAGCCAUCUCUACUGCCUCACCAUGACGCAGAACUUCAGCCCGAAUCUCCUUGACAAUACCACCUUAGCUUUUUUUAGGGACAAGUCCAUGAGCGGCGCUGUGUCCGCAGCCUAUGUCCUCAUCUCGCUCAUCAACUUCCCCGCUAACGGCCUCUCCAUGUGGCUCCUGGUGUUCCGCACCUCUCCAAAGAGACCUUCCAUCAUAUUCAUGAUCAACCUGACCCUCACUGACCUAAUUAUUGGCUGUGUCCUGCCCUUCCAAACCAUCUACCUAAUGAAAGGCUACAACUGGACCUUUGGGUCCAGGAUGUGCAGCUUGACAACAGUCUUGUUGUAUGCCAACAUGUACUGUUCGAUUCUGACCAUGACCGCCAUCAGCAUUGACCGCUACAUCGGAAUCGUUCGGCCCAUGAAUUUCAAAAAUGUUAGAAAGAAUUUUUGGGCUGUGAUUGUCUGUGUAGUUUUUUGGGCGGUUGUUUUGGCUGUACUGUACCCACUGGAGAGCACUGACCUGAUGUAUCAGGUACCCGAUCUUAAUAUAACCACUUGUUUUGACGUCCUGAAAUAUAAAAUGCUUCCAACAGUCAAGCACUGGAUUCUUUACCUGAUGAUCUGGUGUGGCGUCUUAUUCCUCAUCCCCUUCAUCAUAACAAUCUUCUGCUAUGUGAACAUCAUCCACUCUCUAGCCAAGACGAGGAGUGACAGAAAGGACAAGGCCCUACGCCUGGCACUCUACGUGCUCCUUGUGUUCAUAGUUUGCUUUGCCCCCAACAACAUCCUUCUGGUGGCUCAUGGCAUUAGAAGACUCUUCUACGGUGACACCUUGUACACGGCCUAUAAGCUAUCGCUCUCGCUUAGCUGCCUAAACAGCUGCCUGGACCCCUUCAUUUAUUACUUUGCUUCCAAAGAGUUUCGUCAGAACUUUAGGAAAGUGCUGGGAUUGAAGAGAGCAAGGAACCAGGAUUCAUCCCAGCAGCACACUUCACACCAUACCUUGCUGUCGAUGAAAUGACCGCCUUCGUUAUUAACGUAAAACAGCCUAGUAGCUAGCUUUGAGAUCUGCGAUUUCUGCUGACUUUUGAGUCCAAGUAUAUGCGACAGCUGUAAAUACACAUAUCAGCUUUAAGAGCAAUCUGUGAAUUUUUGUAUCACAAUUCACAGCUGAUUUUAUUACAUUUAUUACUAUUCUCUAGUUUUGAUGUAUUUUUCAUUGAAGACCUAAUGAUGUAAUUUUGUAAUUGAGUAUUAACAUGAGUAUUAAUAUUUCAGAUUCAAGACAAUUAUGAUACUUGUUAUGCUUCUUAUCAUAGUAUACUACAUGAUAAUGUAUAUUAUACGCUAAAAAGUCUCUUGUGGGCUACUUUGAGUAUUUUGCCAUUAGCUGUAUUAUCGUUAUCAUUACCAUUGUGUUCUUUUUUGCAUUAAAAUGACAUUAAUGUAAUAUAAAUUAGUAUCAGUUGUGCUCUUAAUGUUUUUUUAAAUUACUAUUUAAAAAUUAAUGCUGCCUUAUUUUUAAGUAUUACAGUUUGUGUUUAAAUGUGAAUGAUUUAAUCACAUUGGGGCUCAGAUUUAUGCGGUAAGCCUCUACAUUAAAACAACACCGGAAGUGGUAUUUGCCUUCAGAAACCUUUGUUUAGUUGAACACAAACAUGUUGUCCAAACAGUUUACCACCCAAAUUAAUAUCAAGCAUUCAGUUUCCAGUAAUAUUAAAUCUCAUUCACUUCACUCUUUUUUUAUUUUGAUUUUUUAAACAGCAGUAUAAAUAGCUGAAACAGUUAUAUACUGCAAAGCAAAACUGUGGUUUCUAUUCAUUAUUUAUACAAAUCCACUUAUAUUUUAAUUCUGCCUAUCAUUACAUCAUCAUUAAUGAAGGCAUCAGGCCUUCUCAUCAGAUGGAAUGACCUGACAGAUAUUAAAAAUGCAAAAAAGAUGAUACAUGAAAUGUAUCGUAAUUAGUUUUGAAUUUGUGUAGCAAUUAUUUUUAAUGACGUAAGAACCAAGCAUUCAAUUUAAAGUGAAUAACCUUUUUUGUAUAUUUCUAUUAAUGUAUAAUUUAUUAUACAUAAUGUCCACAAUGUUAUGUUUUGACAAAUAUUCAAUAUGAAAGUAAAAAUGUUUUAUUUCA